AUGGAGAGAACUAUAAUCAUGAAGACUGUUAGAACACAACAAAAAAAAGAAUGUAUUUCAGACACCAAAGCCAAAAACCAGCCUACAGCUAAGGACAAACACGAUGUUUCUCCUACAAAAGGACAAGUAUCCAAAAACACCCAGAGAAAGAAAAUCAAUCCGGAUUCCCUUAAACAGGCUAAAUUAUUGGCAGAAAAAGCCAUUCAGGAAAAUAAAAUAUUUACUAUCCAAGGCUAUUAUCCGUACAUACGGAGUGGCCUGAGAAGCAGAGGAUGGCUGGAGAAAAACUUUCAUAAGAGCCAACAUGAUUAUGUUGAUGAUCCAGAAGGUCUCUGUGAUCUUACAUCAAGGCUUUUACGUCAUCAAGAUCCCAAUUUUGUCUGGGUACCGACCUAUAACUCCUUGGAUAGCCGCUUGUUAAAAAACGAUGACAUUAUCGUGAAUCAUUAUUCCAAAUCAAUGUUCACAACCAAGGUGGGCCUGUGCCUCAAUUUAAGAAACCUACAUUGGUUUGCAGACGCUGACCUCAAUUCCUUUUUCCCACGUUGCUACAGACUGGGAGCCAAAGAGGAAAACCAAGCGUUUAUUGAGGAUUUCCGGCUCACCGCCGCCUCCAAACCGCUUGUAGCAAGCGUCCCGGUUCAAGUGAUCAAAACGGCUCUCAAGGCGUGCAAGCAAUACUUGAACACCUCGGAGCACGAAGAUAUCGACUGGAAACCGGGUUCUACUCAUGCCAUUACAGAAGAUGAAUGGAAAGAGUUCCUGGACGGAUAUUAUCAGGCGAUCCAUAAAAAUAUCAUCAUAAACGAGGCUGAAAAUUAUGUUAGCCGGUGCCAAGAUAUGUUACAAAAGCUGAAGGCAGUGAAACCGCAGCUGGACAUUGACGGGGAAAGAAAUAUAUGGAUUGUAAAGCCCGGAGCUAGCAGCAGAGGAAGGGGCAUAACCUGUGUUGAUUGCCUAGAGGAAGCCCUUACGUUUGUGGACUGCGAUUCACUGUCUAUAAACGAUGACAAGUUGGUGGUGCAAAAAUAUAUCGAGAAGCCAUUGCUAAUUUACGGCACCAAGUUUGACAUACGCCAAUGGUUUGUGGUAACCAACUGGAAUCCGCUAACCAUCUGGUACUACGAGGAGUGUUACCUGCGUUUUUCAUCGCAACCGUUCUCCUUGAAGAACCUGCACUCUUCCAUACACCUGUGCAAUAAUGCCGUUCAAAAGAACUAUGAGAUUUCCAGAAGCCGACAUCCGCAGCUCCCAAAAGAAAACAUGUGGUUCAAGAAUCAGUUUCAAGAUUACCUCCAGAUGACCGGAGCAACCAACGCAUGGAAAGAAAUAAUUGAACCAGGCAUGAAAGCAGCCAUUAUUCACACCAUGCGAUGUUCCCAGGACGUGGAGGAGGGAAGGAAAAAUAGUUUUCAGAUCUAUGGUGCGGACUUCAUGUUUGAUGAGGACUUCCAACCCUGGUUGAUUGAGAUCAAUGCUAAUCCCGAUAUGUCACUGUCUACAUCAGUGACCAGCAGGCUCGUCAAUAGAGUCCAAGAGGACAUAUUGCGCCUCAUCCUAGACCGGAAACAGGACGCCGACGCUUACGUGGGAGCAUUUGAGCUCAUUUAUAGACAACCUGUAAUAAAAAUCCCUCUAUAUGAGAGAAAGCAGCUGUUAGUCAAAGGGAGUGAGAUCAAAAAACCACUCCAGACCUCACCAUUAAUGACCGACGAGAAGAAUCAAACGUUCAAAGAAAGUAUUGCUAAGGGUGAAAGGAACCUUUGCUUAUUACACAGAGCAAAAACCACAGCAACCUGGAGAGGAAUAAAAGAAGGGAGAGAAACAUCACCUUCUAAGAAGGUUGAGCGUCUCAUACUUCCUACUAUUAAACAGGGACUGGAGAAGAGAAAAGAAGGGGUUAACCAGUAUCAGCUACCAAAACUCUGUGCACGUGAAAAGACCAUUAGAAGGAAGGACCCAGCAAGGGCUAAAAAUGAAGCCUUUGACAAUAAGAAAUUGCCCAGCAUAGAUUCUGGCCAAUUACAAGUAAUUGGUCGUUUAGCAAAGAUACAACAACCACUAACCAGGUCAUUGUGUAAAGGAACACACUCUUUAGCAUCUCCAUAUCAAAUGUUUACCGGUGGCAAAAAGUAA